AUGCUGCCGAUCACCCGAGCUCAGACUCCUCGUGCUCCUCCGGCGAGGCGCUCUCUCAGCGCGGCCGCAGCGGCGCCCCCUGCCGGUCCGGAGGACGAGACCAAUGCAGAGGAGAGGUCACAGGAACAGAGUCUGUCAUCUGAUCAGAGCUUCGCGGAGUUCUUCAACGACUUCCUGCUGCUUCCGGUGUUCGCCGUGGCUGUGAGGUAUGAUGGGAUCUCUGCAGGCUUCGAGCUGCUGGAUCACACCGCUGUCUGUCUGUCCCGCCGGAUCAGAACCGCUCUGCGUGAGAUCCGGUCCAGAACUCUGUCGGACCCGAGCUGGGUCCCUGCAGAACCCCUACGAGACAACAGCUACAGCGUCACUCGUCUGGACCGAGCUCAGACCGUCCAGUGGCUGAAGAGAGACAGACUGCCGUUUUUCCUGCAGAGCGACUGUUAUUUUGAGUUCAGGUUGGCUAAAUGUCUGUCUCAGCUCAGCGGUGCUUCAUCCUCUCAAGCGCUGCGGUGUGCUGAGUGCCGGCUUCGGUCUGCUCGGCGGUUUGGCAGCUUCUCAGAGGAGAUGGACAGCAGCUUCAUCUCUCCAAACACUGAGCGAUCAGAGCCGGCCGACUGCAGCACAGCACACGGUCGUUCCCGAUCCAGCUUUCUGGAGUUUAAGAGGUCUCUGGUCGGCGGACCGGGAGAGAAUAUUCUUCAUCUGUGGAUGGAUGUCGAACGGCUGAAAACACUCAGCACAAAGACCAAGAGCAGGUAUUUAGGGUGGAUGAAGGGUCAGUAUGUGGUCAGCAGCAGUGAACAGCUGCUCUCUGGACUGGGGUUAAACAGCACCAGCUGCUGGAGAGAGGAGCGACUGCGAGACGUUCAGCCCCGUCUGUCAGAGAUCCUGCUGCUGUACUGGGGUCAGCGCUUCCACUUGAUUCUGUCAGAUCAGUGGCAGAUCUGUGAGCGAGGGUUGAGUUCUUCUGUCUGUACGGAGCUCUGCGUCUGCAGUGAUAUGAGAGUUGAGCUGGACGGCAGUGAGAUUCAGACUCUGAUGGAGGCUCUACACACUGAAUCCAGAUCUGGUUUCUUUUUCACUCACUUCUGUCAGAAUUCAGGGCAGCAGUUGUGGGAAAAUACUGUGUAUUUCUGCUCAGAACUGCUGCAGUACCACCAGCUCUUCUGCCAGAGCAGAUUUGAUCCGUACAGAGCACAACGCACAGCUCAGCUCCUGUAUGCCUCGUACCUGAGCAGUGGCGCUCAGAUGAGUGUGGGCUUGAGCGAGGAGGACAGGAGAGCCGUUCUGCUGUGUCUGAGUCCCCCGUUCGAGGAUCUGUUUGACCGGGCGGAAGAACAUGCUCUGAGAGUCCUGCUGGAGCCCUGGACGCUGUUAUUAGAGAAACUCAGAGAUGCACCGCACACUGUGGCGCAGUGGCAGGAGGUGCGUUACGCCGAGGCUGAGCUCUUCCAGACUCUACAGACUCUUUACACACACACGCAGAGCAGACGACAGCAGCAGGAGCACAGGACUGCAGCUGCUCCAGCAGAGGGCAGCAGAGCGCCGGGUCUUUGGGCAAAGGUUCCGCGUGAGUUCCGCGGGGUCCGUCUGGAUUCUCUGCUGAGGAACCGCAUGGAACUGCAGCACUUCCUGUCCUUCCUGGAGGAGAAUUCGGCCAGUCUGGAACUGCAGUGCUGGCUGGACGUGGAGCAGCUGAAGAAGAGUGAUGGAGCGCUGCAGGAGGAGAGAAACACCAGCAUCAAAGACAAAUAUCUCAGCAGCAACUUCCUGUUUGGACCUGACAGCCCGGCCACUGAAGAACAGCAGAUGAGGUUGUUGCAGAUGUGCGGCGGAUGGCAGCGUCUCCAGCAUGAGUCCGUCUCUCUGUCCGUUCUCACGGAGCUUCAGUCCCUGCUUCACAGUCGUCUAGAAACUCGAUGGCUGCCGCUGUUUCUCUCGAGCUCACAGUUCAUCAGGCGUCAGCAGCAGAAGGGGUCAGACGUGGAGUGUGAGCAGCAGCCGGUCGUCCGUCAGCGCAGGAGGAGACACGCGUGGAAGGUGUCUGGAGGUCUGAUGAGCUCGUCUCAGGAGUCGGUGGCUCUGCGCAGGGCUCUGUUGAAUCCCGUCACCCGUCUGCAGUUCCAGAAGUUUCUGUCUGUUCGUGAUGAUCUGCUGGAGAAUGAUCUGUUCUUCUGGCUGGAGGUGCAGAGAUACAAGGAUCUGUGUCACUCCCGCUGUGAUGACGUCACGCUCCAGAGGAAGGUGUCCAUCAUCAUCAGCUGCUUCAUCAGUUCGUGCGUCCCGCCGGCGCUGCAGAUCCACGUUCCUCCUGACGCAGCGCAGAGAGUCGUGAGUCAGCAGCGAGCGCUCGGCCCGUACGUCUUCAGAGAGACGCAGGCGUGUGUGUUUGACGAGCUGCUCAAGCACUGGCCGGAUUUCGUCGCAUUGCGCUCCGCCGUCGGGGAGAACGAGCUUCAGCGAGUGCUGGAGAGAGAGACACGGAGCAGCAGACCAACAGAAGAGCAGGAUGACAGCAGCUCUCAGGUGCGUCAUGUGGCGUGUGGUCAUGUGACGUGUGGUCAUGUGGAUGUGUGA